UUCUUGCGCCUGUACACUUUGAUGUCCCCAUCACAUAUUCCGCCCGACUCCUCUGCUUUCCCCCACCUCACCACGCCCACACCACACCACACCAUUCCAUUCCGCUUCUUAUCAUUUAAAUACCCCCUCCUCCCUCUCCUCUCUGAAGUGGCACCUGUGGUGUUCCAAGUGCUCGCUCUCUCUCUCUCUCUCUCUCUCUCUCUCUUUCUCUCUGUGAAAGAAGUGAUGGGAGAAGGUGGGUUCAUUUCAAUUGUGAUAUUGUGCAUUUUGGUUGUAUUAUGGUGGGGAUGGAAGGUGUUGGAAUGGAUAUGGUGGAAACCCAAGAAGCUGGAGAGGCUUCUCCAGGAACAAGGCAUCAAAGUCACUCCGUACAAUUUACUGUUUGGUGACCUGAAAGAGUUCCAGAGGAUGUUCAAGGAAGCUCAGUCCAAGCCAAUGAACCUAUCCCAUGAUAUUGUUCCACGUGUGUUGCCUUUUCAUCUUCAAACCAUACAGAAGUUAGGUAAAAACUCAGCCUUUUGGUUUGGAACAAAUCUAAAAUUGUAUAUUAUGGAUCCUAACCUUGUAAGGGAUAUUAUGAGUAACAAGUUUGGUCACUUUGCAAAGAUCAAAGGAAUUCCACUUGGACGGUAUUUUAUAGGUGGACUUGCAACUUAUGAGGGUGAGAAAUGGGCCAAACACAGAAGGAUUAUAAACCCUGCCUUUCAUUUGGAAAAACUUAAGCGAAUGUUAUCUGCAUUUUAUACAAGCUCUAAUGAGAUGGUAAGCAAAUGGGAGAAAUUGGUUACAUCAGAAGGGUCUUGUGAAUUAGAUGUGUGGCCAGAACUCCAAUAUUUAACAGGAGAUGUCAUCUCUAGGGCAGCAUUUGGUAGCUCCUAUGAAGAAGGUAUACGGAUAUUCAAAUUGCAAGAUGAGCAAGCCGAUCUCAUCAUACAGUCUUUUCGGACCCCAUUAAUAUUCGUGCCUGGUUAUAGUUUUCUACCAACUAAAAAGAACAAAAGAAUAAAAGAAAUUGAUAGAGAAGUGCAAGCCAUUUUAAUGGGCAUCAUCAACAAAAGACAGAAGGCUAUGAAGGUUGCGGAAGCCAACAACGAUGACUUGUUAGGGUUAUUACUUGAAUCUGACAAUAAUGAAAUUCAAGAAAAUAAAAACAAGAAGAAUGCUGGGAUGACCAUCGAAGAGGUCAUCCAAGAGUGUAAACUAUUCUACUUUGCAGGGCAAGAAACCACAUCUGUUCUACUCGUUUGGACGAUGAUUGUAUUAAGUAUGCAUUCAGAAUGGCAAGCUCGUGCAAGGGAAGAAGUCUUACAAGUCUGUGGAAAGAACAAACCAAAUCUUGAUGGACUAAGUCACCUCAAAAUUGUUACCAUGAUUUUGUAUGAGGUUCUUAGAUUAUAUCCACCAGUGUUAUCUCUUGAUCGGUGUACAAACAAGAACAUAAAACUAGGAGAAAUGUCUCUACCCCCUGGAGUACAACUAAUGUUACCUAUAGCCCUUCUUCACCAUGAUCAUGAAGUCUGGGGUGAAGAUGCAGAGGAAUUCAAACCAGAGAGAUUUGCAGAAGGAAUCUCAAAAGCCACAAAGAAUCAAGUUUCAUUCUUCCCAUUUGGUUGGGGCCCUCGAAUAUGCAUUGGGCAGAACUUCGCAAUAACAGAAGCAAAGAUGGCUUUAGCCAUGAUUCUACAACGUUUUGCUUUUGAACUUUCUCCAUCCUAUGCUCAUGCUCCUACCACUGUAAUAACUCUUCAUCCACAACAUGGUGCUCAAAUCAUAUUAAAUAGAUUGUAGAAUCAUCUUCAUAAUCAUCAUUUUUUGAUGAUCCGUCAUUAUAAACUUUUAUUUGAAUUAUUUUGAUAGUUGAAUGUGUUUAAUUUGUACCAAAUGUACACUGUACACUUGUUUGAAAAUCUAUUGUUAUAAAAGAGAGGUUAUGGUUAUUGGUGUAACAAUUUCUGCGAAGUUUGCAGAAGCCACAUUAUAGAUUUGAGCCAUCAAUUUUUAUGGUUUUUCUUA